UGAUCCCUCAUCCCAUCUUUCUUUUUCUUCACUAAUCUUCUUUUUUUCCCACGCGCUCACACACACAAGACAGAUACACUGCAAGUACACAGUAACUUAAAGAGUAGAGAGACAUCAGAAAGAGAUAGCUUUUUAAAAAAAGCUUCUAGUUUUUACCUUUCUGUUGAUCAUCGCUUUUGUUUUUCUGUAAAAAGUCAUCUUUUGUGUUUCUCCUUUUUUUACCUGAUAAACAAUUUUCUCUUCCAAAACUUUCUUUCACUUCUUCCUAAAUUAAAUAUCUUGGCCGGUCCAGAAAGCUCUCUAUGCAAAGGUUUCUUCUUAUUAAGAUAACAUAGAGAAGAAGCAACAACAAAAAAAAAAACAGCAGCCAAGACUUUUUUCUUUCUUUCUUUGUUGAGACUUUUUUUUUACUUCUUGUUGAGAUGAGAGCAGAUUUGAUUACAAUACAGCAAACGCUGACGCCGGAAGCAGCAACAGUUCUCAACCAAUCCAUCGCCGAGGCGACACGUCGCAACCAUGGCCACACGACUCCUCUCCACGUGGCGUCCACCCUCUUAUCAUCCUCCUCUGGCUUUCUCCGACAAGCUUGCAUCAAGUCCCACCCAAACUCCUCUCACCCACUCCAGUGUCGUGCUCUCGAGCUCUGUUUCAGCGUCGCACUCGAACGCCUCCCUACUACAACCACUUCUCCAUCGCAAACGCAGGAGCCGCUUCUCUCAAACGCUCUAACCGCGGCUUUGAAACGCGCACAGGCUCACCAGCGUCGCGGUUGCCCCGAGCAGCAGCAGCAACCGCUUUUGGCAGUUAAAGUCGAGUUAGAGCAGCUUAUCAUUUCGAUUCUUGAUGACCCGAGCGUGAGCCGGGUCAUGCGGGAAGCUAGCUUCUCUAGCCCCGCCGUGAAAUCAACGAUCGAACAGUUGAUUUCCGGUAAUUCAGUUAAUCCGAGACAAACCGGAAUCGUGAAUUCGUCUGGGAUUGGGUUCGGUUAUCGACCUGUACCGGUUCCGGUUAACCGGAAUCCUUACGUUAACCCCCGGUUACAACAAAACGGGGCGAAUAGUGGUGGAAUGAUGAUGCAGAGGACUGAUGAAGUUAAACGGGUCAUCGAUGUAAUGAUCCGGACCCGGAAAAGAAACCCGGUUCUCGUCGGCGACUCAGAGCCUCAAAUUCUUGUCAAAGAGAUUCUAAAGAAGAUAGAGAGCGGAGAAUUCUCCGAUGGUCCGCUACGUAAUUUUCAGGUGAUCAGAUUGGAGGAUGAGUCAGUUGCACAAACGGCGACGAGGUUUGGUGAAGUCUCCGGGUUGUUGGAGACGAGGAUGGAGAAUUCGGGCGGUGUUGUUCUUGAUCUCGGUGAUUUGAAAUGGUUAGCGGCGAACGGUGGAGGUGGAGGAGGAGGAGCUUUGGUUGAGAUGAGGAAGCUUUUGGAGAGAUAUAAAGGAAGGUUAUGUUUUAUUGGUACGGCGACUUGUGAGACUUAUCUACGUUGUCAAGUUUAUUAUCCUUCGAUGGAGAAUGAUUGUGAUCUUCAAGCGAUUCCUAUCGCUGCUAAAUCUAUUCUUCCGACCAUGUUUCAAAGGUUUGGGAGUAAUAAUAACAACAACGCUAUGUUAUUAAGCAGUAACAUCAUAUCUCCGACGAGAAGCUCUCAGAUUCCGACGGGUAUAAUGAGCUGCUGCUCUCGGUGUUUGCAGAAUUAUGAAAACGACGUUGCUAAAUUGGAAAAAUCGUUAACCGGAGAUAACCGGUCGGUCUUGCCACAGUGGCUGCAGAACGCGAAAGCCGACAACGUUAGUGACAAGAAACUUACAAAAGAUCAAGAAAUUGUGGAGUUACAGAAGAAAUGGAACGACUUUUGUUUACGUUUACAUCCCAAACCGUCUCUGUCCGAAAGAACAUCUCCUCCGUCCUUGUCUAUUUUAAAACCAAACCCAAGAUCGGACAUAACUCCACCAGGAAGUCCAAUCCGUACAGAUUUGGUUCUUGGACGCCCUCACAACAGAGGUGUAUCCCCACCAGAGAAGAAGCUAGGAGAUUCAUUCGACAUCGAUCUAUUCAAGAAGCUACUCAAGGGCUUAGCGAAAACCGUUUGGUGGCAGCACGACGCAGCUUCUUCGGUUGCAUCAGCGAUCACUGAAUGCAAACACGGAAACGGUAAAUCAAAAGGUGAUAUCUGGUUAAUGUUCACCGGUCCAGACAGAACCGGGAAGACCAAAAUGGCGUCUGCCUUGUCCGAUCUAGUUUCCGGAAGCCAACCGAUAACCAUCAGUCUCGGUUCCGGUUCACGUACCGACGACGGUUUAAGUCUCCGUGGUAAAACGGCGUUGGAUAGGUUAGCUGAAACGGUUAGGAGAAACCCGUUUGCGGUUAUUGUAAUGGAAGACAUAGAUGAAGCUGAUUUGUUGCUACGUAACAACGUGAAGUUAGCGAUGGAACGAGGGAGGAUAUGUGAUUCGUAUGGACGUGAGGUUAGUCUAGGGAACGUUAUUAUAAUCUUGACUACAGAUUCAUCUCUCGGUUUAGCUGAAAACGUUGUUCCUAUCGAUGAGACAAGACUAGAGAGUCUGGUGAGCAGAGGAUGGAAGUUAAGACUCUCUGUUUGCAAUACAAGAAAACGCAAACCAAACUGGCUUUAUAAUGAGCAAACAAAGCAGAGGAAAGAGAUUUGUUUUGAUUUGAACGAAGCGGCCGAGUUUGAUUCCUCUAGUGAUGUAACGGUCGAGCACAACGAUCAAGAAGAUAAUAGUAACUUCCACCACAAGCUAGUGGCGUUAGCAUACGACACUAUAGUCUUUAGACCGGUUGAUUUUGGUACGAUCAAGAACAUGACUGUGGAAUCUUUAAAGAAACGUUUUUCUGACGGUUUAACGGUGGAGAUUGAAGACGAUGCUCUGGAGAGAAUCGCUGGUGCGAUUUGGCUAAGCAAGAUUAGCUUAGAGGAGUGGCUUGAGGAAGCAAUGGGUUCGAGUUUGAGUAGCGUGAAGUCUCGAGUGUCUUCUUCUGAAGAUUCUGUGGUUAGGAUUCAGCUUGAAGAUGAUGAUAUGAGUGAUCAAACCUCCGGAGGGUAUCUUCCGAGUAGUAUAAGAACGGUGGUCGUUUGAGUUUUUGUGUUUUUCUCCGGUGAGGGGUAUAUUCGUAAUUAUUGAAUUGGUGAAGGGGAAAGAUGUAAAUAGUUUUAUGUCUCCAAACCGUCUUUGGCGGGGAGAGAAAAAGUUCGGUAAAACAUUAAACAGUAAAAAAAUAAGAGUUAUAAAAAACUGGUUAUAAUAUUAAAAUCAACGGCUGAGAAUAAUUCACAGGCUUUAUAGGAUCUUAUAUAUGAAAGUAAAAAGUUUGAUACUCC